UAUUUCCCUUUGUUUUCUGUAUAACAAAAUACAACUUAUUUUCUUUUAAGCUUAAAGCUAUGAAAGAUAUGUUCGAACAACUGUUCCAUGCAUGUAAUAAAUUAAAAAAUGCAAAUGAAAUUGCUAUUAUUGACGAAUAUGGAUAUUUUGCCAAACGUUAUACUAUUAUACUUACAACACUUUCCACUUUAAGCAUGUUGGUUUUUAUUUUAUUACCAUUUUUACCGGAUAUUUUUAACACUAUUUUACGGACAAACUUGACUCGCUCACAAAACCUGUUAAUCGUGGAAUAUUUCAUCAAUCAAGAGAAGUAUUUUUAUUUAAUAUUGCUACACUACAUUGCAUCAUUUUGCAUCGCUCUGAUUUCAAUGGUAGCGAUAGGAACAAUAUUGCUUACAUAUCUCCAACUUACUUGUGGAAUGUUUAAAAUUGCCAGAAAAAAUAUUUUGAUAUGCAAGGGUUUAAUUUGUGCUGUGGACAUUCAUCGACAAGCUAUGAAAUUGUCCACAAUCUUCCAAUCCAAUUGUGAAAUAAUGCUUUUCUUUUUAAUAAUAUUUGGAGUACUCACCAUUAGUUUCAAUCUGUUUCGUAUUGCAUCAUCCAAAGAGAAUCUUGAGGAAAUCUCAAUAUCUUUUAUUAAUACAGCUGUCUUUUUUGUGUAUAUGUUUCUAUCCAAUUAUUGCGGUCAAAUUAUAAUAGAUCACAGUCAUCAAGUAUUUGUUACCGCGUAUAAUAUUCGAUGGUAUUUAGCUCCUGUAUGUGUACAGAAAAUAAUACUGUUUCUGUUACAAAGAGGCAUGAAAACCUUUUCUGUGAACAUCGGUGGAUUAUAUGAUGGAUCUAUAGAGGGUUUUGCUACGGUAUAGGAAGAUAGUAAAAUAUAUAUACAUAUGUCUAAAAGAUAGGAUAUCAAAAUUAUAAGUUAAUAAGUAGUAUAUAUUUGAUUGCAGCUAGCGAAGGCCUCAGUAUCUUAUUUUACAGUCAUAUAUUCUACGCGAUGAUAAGAUUAUAAUAGUUUGAAUUGACUAA